AUGUCAACCACCUCCUUAAGUCAAGGAGAAAUGGGUUCAUCGAUCAAGAGUAAAUAUGACGACGACGACACGCCAGCCUCGUUCUCUCUCCUUAUUCGGACGUCAAGUGACUCCUGCUCGGGUGAUGGACCCACUCAGAAGAUAUCUGUCAUGUUGAGAGAUGAUGAGGGACGGGCGACGGAUAAACAGGCAUUGAGAUAUUCACACACUCAUCCAACACCAUUUCAGCCGGGACAUACGGACCUGUUCGUGAUGACAAACCAACCGUCACUCGGCCCUCUCCGAUGCUUCGAAAUCCACUACGACGGAAGGAAAGAGGUUCUCGGCACCCCGUGGAAAUACCAUACAAUCAAUGUGUUGCAUCAUGAGAAUGGGCGUGUCUAUAAUUUCCAUUCGGACGACAAACAAUCGACUGAAAAUGUCUCAGUUCUCGUAUGUAAUGAUGACGGAAUUCAGGUGAUUCCCCAAAGAAUGGGCGAUCCGUUCUUCUGA